AUGGCACCCUUGAGACUCACAAUCGAGAAAGGCAUCUUCCGCGAUUCCCGAGGAAGAGAGGUCACCCUGCGUGGGAUAAACUUAGCAGGCGAUGCGAAGUAUCCCAGUAACCCAGAGCAACCAUCUCAUGUGGCGGACGACUUCUUCGAGGGCGAUAAUGUCACUUUCCGAGCCCGCCCAUUUCCCAAGGAGGAUGCCCACAUUCACUUUGCGCGACUCAAGCGGUGGGGAUACAAUACGAUACGUUAUGUUUUUACCUGGGAGGCGAUAGAAGCUGCUGGGCCUGGGACUUAUGACGAAGAAUGGAUUCAGCACACGAUUGAGAUACUGAGAAUGGCGAGAGAUUAUGGCUUCUACAUCUUUAUGGACCCCCACCAGGACGUGUGGUCAAGGUUUUCGGGAGGUUCGGGAGCCCCUAUGUGGACUCUAUAUGCGUGUGGUCUGAAUCCACAGAGCUUUGCGGCUACUGAAGCCGCCUUGGUUCACAACAUGUAUCCCGAGCCUGAAAAGUUCCCGAAAAUGAUCUGGUCCACGAACUAUACACGAUACGCUUGCCAAACCAUCUUUACUCUUUUCUGGGCCGGGCGGGAUUUCGCGCCCAAAUGCAUUAUUGACGGGAAAAACAUCCAGGAUUAUCUUCAGGAACAUUUUGUGGGUGCUUGUGCUCACUUGGCAAAGCGAAUUAGUGAAGCGGGGGAUUUGGAAGACGACAUUGUUAUUGGAUGGGAAAGCAUGAAUGAGCCAAAUCGGGGAAUGGUAGGCUAUCCGGACAUCUCGGUCAUCCCAGACGAACAGAAACUGAAGAAGGGUACGUCUCCUACGGUAUGGCAGGCUAUCCUAACGGGCUCGGGCCGCGCUUGCGAACUGGAUACCUGGGACUUUGGUGGCAUGGGCCCUUAUAAAUCUGGGCGAGCCCUCGUCGACCCGCAAGGGGAAACUGCAUAUCUACCAGCGGACUAUGAUGAGUCGAGAUAUGGCUACAAGAGAGAUGCAGGCUGGAAACUAGGAGAGUGUAUAUGGGCCCAACAUGGGGUAUGGGAUCCGAGCAACGACACAAUUUUGAAGAAAGACUAUUUCAAGAAACACCCAAAGACGGGCGAGGUUAUCGACUAUGAACAGUUCACAAACACAUACUUCAUGGAGUACUACCGCAUGCACAGGGACGCGAUACGGGCGCAUCAUAAGAACGCCAUCAUGUUUUGCCAGCCACCAGUUCUGGAGCUUCCCCCAUCAAUCAAAGGAACUGCAGAUGAUGAUCCGAAUAUGGUUUAUGCUCCGCAUUACUAUGACGGUAUAACGCUCAUGACCAAGAAAUGGAACCGGUACUGGAACGUCGACGUGUUCGGCAUCUUGCGUGGUCGAUAUUUGAGCCCUGCCUUCGCGGUAAAGAUUGGUGAGACUGCAAUUAGAAACUGCUUACGAGACCAGUUGACCGCUAUUCGAAAAGAAGGCUUAGAUUAUAUGGGCGAUCACCCCUGUGUGCUCACUGAAUUCGGUAUACCAUAUGAUAUGGACGACAAAUAUGCGUACAAGACUGGUGACUACUCUAGUCAAUCCGGCGCUAUGGACGCCAAUCAUUUUGCAGUCGAGGGUAGUGCCAUGGCGGGGUACACCCUGUGGCUGUACAUGUGUGAAAACAAUCAUAAGCUGGGCGACCAGUGGAAUGGUGAAGACUUGUCGAUAUUCUCCCUCGACGACCGGCCGUUACCACUAUCUCCUGUGCCUCAGUCUCCGACCAACGAAUCGACGCUCACCGUGGAUCAAAAGUUGGGGAGCAACACUAAGAGAGAGUUCUCUGACGAGUCAACUGUUAAUCCAGGUAAUUUGAAAGCUAAACUCAAGACGCCUUCGAUAUCAUCGCAGGCCACCACAGACAAGCCACCCGAGCUCACCAAUAGUCCAGGAUUUCGUGCCGCUGAAGCAUACGUACGUCCUUCACCAUUUGCAAGUGUUGGCAAGAUUAUCAACUACGGCUUUGACCUUCGUAAUUGCGUCUUCACUCUGAAUCUAAAAGCAGAUAAGGUGGCUCCACAAGACUCGCCAACUGAAAUUUUCCUGCCCGAAUUUCACUUCCCCAAAGAUGUCUGCGAUGUGGAAGUAUCUGGGGGAAAGUGGACAAUCAACACUGAUGAUGAAGACGGAGGCAUGAUUCAACGACUUCGUUGGUGGCAUGCUGAGGGCGAACAGUCCAUCAAAGUCACAGGCGUGCAAAGACGACAAAAUAUGUCUCUUGGUAAGGAAGAGGAAGAGGGUUAUCUGGAUCAAUGUCAGCAGAGCAAGUGCGGUUUGAUGUAA